UUUCGACAAUCCCCUACACCUUCAUGUAUAUUAUUUAUUCUAUCCUUGAGUUAAAAAAAAAAAAUGGGCAAAAAAAGUGGGGGCAGAAAAUUUAAGUGACUUCAUAAAAUUUUAAAAUUUCAGUGAAUAACAAUUUCGUAACGCAAAAAAUCACAUUGACCCCGCCGACUGGUCCCUUUGACAGCGACAGUGCUACUGAGGCAGUUACCGAGUCGGCUCACGGGCAGACACGCCAGCGCAUUGCGUGUGGCGCGCUCUCUCUCUCUCUCUCUCUCUCUCUUGGGGUGAGGUACUAUAAUGCCGGUGGGAUCACUCAAACCCCCAGAACUGAGACUCUAGUGAAUCCUCUUUGGUGGCACCUUUGGUGGCAGCUCUCUCCUUGCCUCGAGGAAAAUCGGAAAAGGUGCCACCAGAGACAACAACGAGUCGAGGAGCUUUGAAUUGUCAACUACAUAGACGGUGUGAUGUUAUUCUGGUUUCAUCAUCUGGUGGUCAGGAGCGACAUUGUAGGAGUUUGUGGAGACCAGAGACAACCAAAAUGACAAAUGCCCUCUAUUCAAUUGAUCGCGAUAUGGCAACACCCACCAAUGGAAGUGGUAAUCUAGUGGAGGAGUUCGAUGAAGCAUUUCAGCAAUGUCUAAAUGUAUUGACUAAAGACGAGGGCUUGAGCAACAAUAGUAUUGGUAGCAGUCUGGCAGUGGACAAGGACGAGGCCCGGAUGGAGGUGGAGCAAGUUACCCUGAGAUUUAUAGACUUGGCAAGACAGAUGGAGGCCUUUUUUCUACAAAAGAGAUUUUUAUUAUCUGCAUUAAAGCCUGAAUUAGUUGUUAAAGAAGAUAUCAAUGAUCUUAAAGUGGAGUUAACGAGAAAAGAUGAUCUCAUCAAGAGGCAUUACGAUAAGAUUGCUCUCUGGCAAAAUCUCCUAGCUGAUCUUCAAGGAUGGGCCAAAUCUCCUGCUCAAGGACCAGCCCCGAAUGGUUUAGCAAAUGGAAGUCAGCCGGUGAGUCAGGGUCAGCCCGGGGCUAAUGGCACAGGGGGGCCGCAAAUGCCACCUCAACCUCCUCAGCCGUCUCAAAUGCUGCAACAUCAGCAUCAACUUCAGCAGCAACAGCUACAGAUGCAACACAGUCAAAUGCAACAACAACAAAUGCACCAACAGGUGCAGCCAGGAAGUGGAGCUGCUUCAGUACCUCCAGGACUUCAGGGAGUGAACGUAGUUCAACAGGGGAUGUUUAUGAGUCAGGGUGGUGUGGCGGGUGGACGUGGUGGUUUUCCAGUUGGUGGGGUGGGUGUUGGUAGCAGUGUGCUACAAGGUCCACUUGCUUUUCUGGAGAAGACAACGAGCAACAUAGGGAUGCCCGAGAGGCGGAGUUGACGCGGAAGGGGGAGGGGGCGAGGACGAGGACGUGGACGAGGAAGAGGAAGAGGCCGUGGUACUGGUGGUUUACCACCACCACCACCACCCAUCCUCGAUCCCACUGAUCCGUCUUGUUACGCUACCGCAGCAGUAGCUGCUGUCGCGUCAUCGCCCCUUCCCUCUCAACAGCAACAGCCCCCUCCCUCGUGCACCUGAAUUUAUUUUAUAUUAAAAAUUAAAAGUCACUUUCAUUUUUCUUUAGAUAGAACAUUCCAAUGGAAAAGUUGCAUUGGCGGUUGUGCAACUUUCUCAUCAAACAUACAAUCCAUUUUUUUUUUUUUUUCAUCGCUUGAAACCUACAACUUGUCUUCUUCCGUGUGAAUAAUUAAUUAUUUAGUUAAUGCAGUAGUAGAAGCUCAGCUUCAAUAACUUUCUGUCAGGAUAAGUUAAU